ACAUCUGUGCUUAACAUCGACUAAGUUCUUCAUGUGUAAUGUUUCUUGCUGAUAUUUCUGAUUCCAUUUAUAUAUUUAUAAUCUUGUGAUUCUUCAAUGUGAAUGAAUGUGAUUUCUGGUGGGCUUUUAGUUAAGUUGCUUCUUCCUUUUUCUUUGGUACGUGAAUUGUUCUUCCUCCAGCUUUCUCCAAAUACAAACCUACGCAUCGAUCGCAAGGCAAGUUCAUCAAAUCCUACGAGUCUCUGAAUCGUCCCCUUCUGCUGCAGAUUGUUUCGUUCUACCAACAGCAGGUGGGAUGUGAAUCAAUCGAGAAAGAAGGGGUAUUCUGUUAAAAUCGUAUGGGAAAAGGGGCCUUUAGCGAAAAAUGGAAAUAAUAAUCUUGAAAAUAAAGAGAGAAUUUCUCGGAUUAUAUAAAAGGAGGAGGAGUUUAGUGUAAAAGGUUGGAAAAAAAUCCGUCUUUUUGUGGUCAGAAACAGUCCGAAGGUCACACCAUCGCCGGCAGUAUAUUCGUUUCCUCCUUCGAUCGCCACUGCGACUCCGGUAUCUGCCCCUGCGGGCGCGUCGAAUCUUGAGUUCUUCUCGCGUGACUGUUAAUUUGCUUCGACUGUGAUAGGAAAAAGAAGACUGGCGGAGGAUGGGCGCUGUUACCAUGGUGAUGCUAUGUGAGACGGCUUGUGCGACUGGCCAUCAUCACUCUCUCCCCUCGCGAGAUGCAUUCGCAGGAAAAAGGAGAGGCAGUAGUAAAUUGUAGCCUGCGAAACUGCAAGGCAUUGACUGAGCUCCAUAAAGAAGCUCUUAAUGUGCCCUAGAGGCUACUUUAACUCGUGAAUGAGCUCCAUUAGAUCAUCACAGCAUCAGAUGUGUAGGAAAGAUAUCCUUUGGGUUGCUUUAUGAUCUAUCUUUUGACACUAGAUUGAUGGAGUUUAUAUUUCCUAAAUUUAGGUCUCCCAAUGGAAGCAAUGUGAUUAAUGCAUUUAAUUUUAUGGGAGAGAUCUGCUUUUUUUUUUUUUUUUUUGCAAUUUUCACAUUGUUAAGGUCUCCACAUAAUGGUAAGGUUGCUCUUAAGCGACCUGAGUAGAAUCAUUGUCCAAGCAGCCUCUCUGCUUAUGGGAAAAGGCUGUACAAAUUUCUUGCCAUACAAUUACAGUGGUGGGAAUGGAGACUCUCAAACUGUCUUUUUGUGUGUUUCACAUUGUUUCUUUGGACAAAUUUCUUGUUAUCCAGCUUCACUGUAGUCCAUUAGAGUUGGCACUUUGCUUCUCUUUAUGGCAGAGAAUAAUUGGCCAGGUCUGCUAGAUAGGAAGUGUGGACGUAGUUGCUCUCCGGCAAGAGAACUUUUUCCUGCUAAUCGACAGAUUGGUUUUGGGCUGCAGUUUAAAGCCUUUGCAUCAUCAAGGAAAUCUGAGAAGAAACUGACAAAUGAUAGGAAAAUUUCCAAGACUACGCAAAGAAAAGAACUUCUUUCGAAAGACUUUAUGGACAUGUCAGAUGAAGCUACUUCAGGCAAUGAUACCGAUUUUAGUAAUCGCAUUGAAUUGGCAAACAAUAAUUUAGGUGCCGAUGGCUCAACUUCAUAUCCCACCAGAGGUCAAGUGCUUCAAGCCUGCAUUAUAACAUCUGGCUUGUUGCUUGCUCUGGGUGCAACAAUUCGACAGGCAGCCCAUGUUGCAUCUGUGGAAGGAUGGGCAGUACUUGACUCCUCUGAAGUAUCAUUUGGUUUUGAGAUGUGGCAUCUUGAAUUGAUAUUGGGACUUGUUCUCUUGAUAUCAUCUAGCCGGUACCUAUUAUUGAAGACAUGGCCAGACUUUUCACAAUCAAGUGAAGCUGCCAACCAACAGAUACUCAGUUCGCUCGAGCCUUUGGAUUACAUUCUAGUGGCAUUUUUACCUGGAAUUAGUGAGGAGUUGCUUUUCCGCGGGGCAUUAAUGCCGCUGUUUGGACUCAACUGGAGAAGUGCUUUGGCAGUAGCAGCCAUUUUUGGAGUUCUUCAUCUAGGUAGCGGCCGAAGAUAUUCUUUCGCAAUCUGGGCAACAUUUGUUGGCUUUGCUUAUGGUGCGGCAACGCUCAUCUCCUCCAGCAUCAUUGUUCCGAUGGCCUCACAUUCCUUGAACAAUCUUGUGGGUGGCCUUCUAUGGCGUCUCACAUCUAUCAACCCAAAGGAGCGAGACAAGUAACUCAUCACUACUUAUGCAUGCUUUCUGUUCGAUAGAAUGUAUACAGUGUGUAGUUUUUGAGAUGCUUGUAAGCGUUGACCACAUCAUAUAUCGAUUGCAUCGUCUUCUAAA